AUUCUUUGCUCUCGUCUUUUAUUUCUUCUUCUGUCACAAAAUCUCUUUAUUUUAGAGGAAAAACACCAAAGAAUUUGAUCUUUACGAUAGCCGUUUUUGUUACAUUUUCUCCAUUCAUACCAAGAAAAUCUGCAAAUGCUGGCCAACUGUAAUCGGGAAAAGAAAGCGCCGGUUUAUAUCAAGUCGUGAAUUUUGGUCGCGUCAUCUAGGCACGACUACGCAAAGCUUUUUCUUCUUUCAUUUUAUUUCACAGAUCAAAUUUAAGAAAUAAAUAAAACGAUACAUUCUGUAAUAAUUAAUUAUGCCUCAUUAGUUUCUCAUAUUCAUUAAUCGACGAAUUAAUGAGGAGAGUCUUGUGCAUUCAAUUACACAGUUUGAAAUGUUAAAACGGGUCAAGACCUAUUGACUUUUAAAGACAACGAGACAGUUCCGUCAAGGGUCACAUCGAACAUCGACUGUGCUCGUGUCGUGUGUCGCCAUGGUUACCCCCGAACGAUUGUUGAGUCGAACUAUUGAACAAUUUCUCGUCCCCCACUCCCCCAGACGGUUAUUUGGUUAUAGCGUAUGGUGGAUUCCUAUUGCCCCCUUCUCGGUUCGUAGUUCGUACUCGAUGGAAUAGAAUAAGAACAAAAAAUAAAACAGGGGGGGGGGGGGAAUAAAAUCGUUUUUGGUUGGUGAGUGCACAGGACGGAUAGUAUAGCAUACCACCUACACCGUCAACGCUUUGGAGCCGUUGUAGUCGCCUUCGUAACGACGACGACAUCGAAUGAGCGCUUCCAUAGUCUCCGGUCUUUUGUGAUUCCGUGCCACACCUUCAUUACCGCAUACGCAAAUUACUGGCGCAAAAAAACUAUUGUUAUCGUCACUACACCACCACCGCCACCACCGCCCCCAAUGCAGCGUAUUUUCAUCUAAUUAGUCACAGUGCUGCAGGGUGUAUGUGUGCGUGUGUGUGUGUGUAGUGGUUGCACAAAAGGUUCGACGUUAACUCGAUCCGGAAAUGAAAGAUCCAGACGGUGUGUCGUCUAAUAGGCCAUCAGCAAUCAAGACGCGCAGCAAUAGUGGGGCUGGAUUGGGCGGCGUCGAGGCCAUUUUCUUGAGCUCAGCCGACGCCGACGAAGAAGGAACCGGUGGAGAGAAGACGUCCAUCGUCACCCAAGAGCUUUGGAGGCAAAAACACGCCCAGCAGGAAGAAGAAGCGCAACGUACGAAAAAAGACCUUUCAUGGAAGAAGGACCAGCAAAAGCAACAAUGGGCCGAUGCGUCGCAAAAACAGGACCAACCGAGAGCCAAGGAUGACAAACGAGUAUCGAACAAACAAGCAGCCGAACAACGGACACCUGGCGAGUCGACGUCGUCGGGGAAACGGACCAAACAAAAACAUCAACAAAAGCACGCGGACGCGGAAGAGGUUGAGGCAGACCGGCAGCCUCCCAGCGCCAGCGGCCGCAAUUCUUUGCGCAAAACGCGGUCCGUGACGGAUGUGGAUGGAGAGCGCGAGAGCCAAGUCUCGUCGGCCGCGUCCUCGGCCGCGGCCCGGCACGGAGGUCGCCGCAUGAGCAUCUCCGUUGCCAGUGCGCAUCAUCAAUAUUCGAUGGGCUCGUCUUCCAGAGACUCGUCUCGACGCAGCAGCGCCGCCAGCAUCGUCAUUUCCGUUUCGAGACCGGAUUCGCCAUUGCCGCAUCUCAUCCAGCGCAUAGGCGAAGAAAGCUUGUCCAUAGAGUUCCUACGAUUCAGAAGAACGGCCACAGCUGUUCAUUCAGCCUCGAAAUUCCGCCAUCCGCACAUCGUCGUCGUUCAAGCGGCCGACGGCACGGCCAACGUGAAAAUGAGCGGCCAAGAAACGGCCGCAAACCUCAUCCGUAUGCACAAAGAGCGAAGGAACUCCGUGCCGACCGUGCCGCGUUUAGACCUGAAGGAAGAGAACGAAAAGGACAAGGGCAAACACAAGAAGAAUAAAGACGGUUCACUGGCCACAAGCAACAAGCGUUUAGCGGACGGCCAGCAGAGCCGACGCAAUAGACGCCGUCGUUCCAGCACGGGCUCAAGCAUCCAGGGCUUCUACAUGCCGGCCAGUAGGCCGUCGUCCGCCAUGGCAGCGGAUGCGGCCACCUUCGAUCCCGCCGCGUCCCGUCCUUCCUCGGCCGCUACCAUAGUCCAACUGGGCAAGUUGUCGAGACCUUGGACGCCGGCCCGUUCGCCGUCGCCCGUCUCGGGAGCCGGUUCAGCCAACAGAUACGGCGCUGGAAGCCGAAACUUGUUUCGCAGCCGCACUCCCACAUCCAUGGCCACUCCGCUGCAGGCGCUCAACACCAAAGUCAACAACAUCCUGGGCUGCGCGUCCAACAUCCUCGAUUUUUACCAGCUGAGACCCGACAUCAAAAAGGAGCCGGACCAGCAUCGUCAAAAUCGUUUGCUCAAAUCGAUGAAAAUGAACGAGGCGGCUAAAGCAGAUGAUAAGAAAGAAGAGACGGCCCAGUCCCGGCUGAUCAAGUUUCGCAAAAAAGCCGGCCAGCAGGCGGACAAUCAGAGAGACGCUAAACUGGUCGUCAAAUCAGCCGGCCACCAGCCGGUCGCGCGCGCAGCACCGGCGGAAACGAGCAAACGAAACCAGAAACAACAGGCCAAUGCACAAAAAGCGGCGAGCAAAGCAGACGGCAGAGAAAAGGUGGUCGCACCGCAAACAGGUAAAGCGACCCAAGAGCCGGAAGUAGACGAGCAAAGAACUAAACAAGAAAAGAGCCAAAGGCAUCAGAAGGCAUCGGAUAAAGACGUGUCGAAAAGCGACACCAAACUGCCAAUGCUGCCGCCAUCGAUGACAGCCACCCAAAAGGCUUUCAACAGUUUGUCGCUGAAAAUGAGUAAACACAAGAAAACGGCACCGCCGGGAAAUUUGUCCGUCACGGCCGGUGGCGGUUCGUGCGUGUCGCUCAAUUCGGCCGUGUCUUCGCACUCGUCGGGCACCAACCCCCAAACCAAAGCGAUGCCCCUGUUGAAAUCGAUGAUGGAGAAGCAGAAGGCGAAGACGACCAUCGUGGCAGCCGUCGCUUUCUCGGCAAAGUCGUCGACAUCGUCGAUGACGAAAUUCAAAAUCAAAAAAGUGAUGAAAAUGGCCAAAACGGCCGGACUCGUCGCCCGCCGAAAGCCGAUCAAUACGAGCAGUCACAACCAGUCGACGCCAAACAACGCGAGUGGCCAAGGUCCGCCGACGUUGGUCAACUUUUUCAAGCGCAGCAAUCGCACAAACAACGCAGACAGUCGCGUCCCCAUCAAAUACGAGACGUUCACGGACAAGGAUCGAGCCGCCGCCGUCCUCCUAGGAGACGCGGACAUUAAAACGACGUUAGAAAAACAAUUGAAAAGCGAAAGGGGGCGUUACGUGUUGCCAAAAGAGAGUCCGGCCCAAGUUUAUUUGGCGCAAGCGGAUUUCGAGAUGCGGAUCGGUGGAUUGGCUACGGCAAAGAAUUUACUCAACAAGGCAUUGGAAUUGCAACCGGGAGACAAAAAUGCCUUGUGCUCACGGUCCCGUUGCCGAUUGCAGAUGGGAGACACCAAGGGAGCGCUGGACGAUGCAGAGGAAGCUCUGACUAACGACAGUUCCUACGUUAGAGCUACGUAUCAAAAGGCCGAAGUUCUCUACCAAAUGGGUCGAUUCGAAGAGGCGUUGGUCUUUUAUCACAAAGGCUGUAAACAACGACCGGACAUGGAGCUGUUCCAUCAAGGUGUUCGCAAGGCCCAAGAAGCCAUCGAAAUUUCUCUAGGAGUCAAGCCGCCAACGCUGCAUCAACAGCAGCAGUAUCGCAGCACCACUUCGAGCAGUAAAAGAAAUACAACGUGGGCCAAAGGAUCGUCGUCUCGAUUGCCACCACUCGGAAAGAAUUCAAUGGCCGGUGGCCACCAAAUGAAUCAGUUUAGUCAACAACUGGAGCAGCGACUAUGGCCAGCAGGACAGGGCACUCAUCGAGACUCUUCUCUGCUCGGAGAUCUUCACGUCGACAAAAUUUACCUGGAAAGGUUACUCGAAAAUCCAGGGUUACACAAUCAGAGCGCGUCCAGCCUGAAAAUCAUCCAUCACGCCAAGGAGACUCUAGAGUACCUGAAGGGAAGGGAGAAUUUUUGGAAACAACAGCAACCGUUCCACAUUGUUUAUACAAAAGAACGGACCAACAUCAAAACGCAUCAUCGACGACGACGACGCAUUCCUUCGUCAAAUGACAACACGACAUCGACCGAAGACUCGACAAGCGACACCAAACAAUCAGGAGACGCAAGUAGCAGUCGCGAUAGCGGCGGCGGUGGUAGCAGCAGUGGCAAUUGCACUAGCCGUUUGGCGGAGGAAGAGUCGUCAUCGUCGGGAGCCUCAACUGAAAGAGAGGAGCCGCCGAACGCUCGCUGCUCAUCGGACGAAGUGUCGCGAAUUCUAGCCGUUGCUGCCGAAGAAGAUGAGAACGAAUGUUGCGACGGUAACGAGGAUUUGGAAGAAUGGCGACAAGUGGUCGACGACAUGACUGAAUGCAUCGAGAAGCGGCAAAUUGGGCAAUGUGCCGACAUCUUUCUAGCCAAAUGUUGCGGAUGGGCGACUCGAGACGAGGAUUUGAUUGGCGAAAUCGAAGCUAAAAUGAGUUUGCUGCGACUACACGGCCAGCAACAAAGCCAAUGCAAAGACGAUGGCAAUACUAACGAAAAAAUGCAUUUGGCCAUCGAAAUAGCCGUCCUCUACUUGGCCGAUGGGCAACAAGAGUUGUCCAAGACUUGCGCUCAACAGGGCUUAGCAUUGGCCGAACGGACAGCCGAUGUCGGCGCUCUCCUACAACUUUGGCUACUCAUGGCGGCGUUAGAAGCGACGAGCGGCAAUUGGGACAAUGUCGAAACCUGUUUGAUCAAAGCUCGGCGCAUUUUCAACGGGGAAACUGAGGAGAACGAAACAGAGUCGCAAAAUCCCGGCGAGGUCGUCAACCCUGGAGAGGGUUUGAGCUGCAAUUGAGUAGGCAUUCAAAAAUUGGCGCGUUUCAAAAAGAAAAUAAAAUAAAAAUAAAAUAAAAAGAGCACACACAAAGAGAGUGUGGGAACGCCUAAAAAGGUAUUCAUUUUUGUUGAAAAGAAAAACGGUCAAUGAAACGCAGUCGGUUCUUUUGUUUAAAGACAAGCACCCAAGCCUCUAAAGACGGUCGUUAGAAAUAGAUUCAUCAUCCUAAACGAUUUCAAUGUUGUUUUUCUAUACACCAAAAGCGAGUCAAUGGAGCUGUCAGCGAGUGCAUCGCUUCACAUUCUCACGACGAUUUAGCGCACAUUUGACAUCACUUGCCCGUUUUCGCUUCAUCACCUGACGUCGUCCUGUAGCCAAUUUUUUUUCUUUUCUAAUCAACAUUUAUUUUCUAAACAAACAUUUUUCAAAAUUGUAGUGAUCAUCGUGUUCCCCUUUUUCUUCUUACUGAAAUGAAACCCUCAAUUUCCAGUCGCACAUAAUGUACUCCUGAUCGAUUGUCGUUACUACAUACAAGCAAAUAAUCAAA